AUGAUAUGCAGAAUCAAAGAUAAAGAUUAUGUUGCUCCUGAGAAUGAAAAGUGGAGGCAUGAUAACAAUGAUUCAGAGAAUGAAAAUGAAAGGAUGAGCGAGAUGGCUGAGAAGAAGACUAGAUGGUGGUGUGUGAGAGAUGGAAAAAGAAAGAGAACACCCAAGUCAUCCCCUGCAGUUACCAUUCCUAAGGAUGGAGAUAAGGGGUCUUCUGGGGAACCACAACAGAGAUUGAUUGAUGAAACUGUCUUAGAGCCAUCUGUGGUCAUUAAGCAAGGAGCUGGUCUUCUAAACCAAUCAUUUGAAAGUUAUAUGAAAAGGAAUGAGGAAGCAGCAGCACAACAAGUUCAAGGAUCGAGUACUCAUGUUGAGAAGGUUACAAGAGUUGAACCAGAGAUUGAAGCUCAGGGAAGUUCAAGUGAGGAUGAUUCUGAAGCAACUCAAUCUGAAUCUGAAUUAGAUCCAACGACUCUUGGAAAGGGAAAAGUUCAGCUGAAAAAGAAACCUUUAAAGAAGAAGAAAACAUCUGAUGAAGAAGAUUCACCUUAUGAACCAGAUCAGCCAAAGAUACAAGUAAAGAAACGGAAAGCAGUACAAGCUGGAGUAAUUCCAAGGAAUGUGAGAGCAAAGAAACAAGGAGCUGAACCUCAUAAAGAUAAAGGUGGAAAGAAAGAGAAACACGUUCAGAAAGAAAAGGUUCUUGAAACUGAGAAGACGAAAGGUGUUGAGAUACCAAAAGAACCUGAAGUGGAAUCAAUAAAAGAACCAGUAGCUGAAAAAGAAACAGGUGGUGAUGAUUACGUAGAAAUCACUGGGUUUAAAGCUGCUAGUCCACGUGCUCCUCCACAAGACAAACCAGAAUCAUCUCAUCAGAAAGAAAAGGUUGAUUACAUGUUUGAAGGAUUUCCAGAAGCCACAGGAAUUUACACAGAAGAUAUUCCUGAAGAAGACUACGACAUAUUCAACGAUCAAGCAGUCAAAGAAUUGGUACAAAAGGUUAACAAGUUGGAGAAAGAAAAAGCCAAGACUGAAUUAGAACGUGAUAUUUUGAAGAAACAAGUUGAUAAUCUCAUGAAAGCUCAUGAUCAAGUCAGAGCAGUGCUGAUAGAACAAGAUGAAUCGAUGAACAAAAUGAGGGAUGAAGCUCAUGAUAAUUCUAAGUUGUUUGAACUAUUGACGACAGAGAUCGCUUCUUUGAAUGUAAAGAUAAAGAACUUAGAAGAUGUGAAUCAAACACUCAAUCAGCUUCUCAGUGAAAUGAGUGAAGCUUCGUCAAAUGAAAUGAAGGCGAUGAAGUUAGAAAUGGAAGCCAUGAAGGCAGACAAGGUUGUGAAAGAUGAACAACUUCAUAUGUUAUACUCUGACAUGGAAAGUCAUUUAAAGAUGGAUGUUCAUGCUGCAUUUAAUGAGAUAGAAGUGAAACGAGCCGAAGAAAGGAGAUUAGAACGUGAAAGACGCCUAGCUGAAGAAGCCACCCAAAAGAACAAAGGUGUGAUUGAUGAUACUCAAGAAGCUCGUGGAUCAUCAAGUCAACCUGAUAUUGGUGGUUUUUCAUCACAACAAGAUAUUGAAAUGGUUGAAAUUGUAGAAGUUCAAGAACAAGAAAUAGUUGAAGAUGAACAAGAAAUGGUUGAAGCUGAAGAAGUUUAG